AUGCGCCAUCUCGGCCACACCACGGGGACGCUGCCCGGUGGCGGCUCGAGCGCGCUGCGACUCUGCUCGAGCCCCACCUGCGCCAACAACAUCGUAAGCAGCGAGCUGGCCAACGGAACGGUCGGCAACAAUUCUCAGGCGUCGACGAUGCAGCACCACACCUACAGCAGCAUCGGGGCGCCGACCUAUCACUCGCUGCGGCGCUCCGCGAGGUCGAGCAGGUCGGCCAGGGCGCCCGCGAGCAGCUCGCCCUCGCCCCCGCCUCCGCCGCCGCCCCGAUACCCGGGUCAGUAUCCGACGCUGCCGGCCAACGGCAGCGUGUGCCAUCAUUACAACUCGUCGCGUUACAACAACGGCUCGGCGGAGGGCUGCAGGGAGCAGCAGCAGCAGCAGCAGCAACAGUCCGCGGGCACCACCGGCAGAGAGAGCCGAUCCAAGUCGAGCAGCCGGCGAAUGGAGCAGCUGUCGGCCUCGUCGCAUCAGCAGCGCCAGGAGGAGCUGCAGGUGCACCGUGGCGGUUAUCACGCGUAA